AUGUUUAAGCGUAAUAUCCGAAACUUUUACAUCAAAUUGACUGCUAAACAUUGGGUUAUACACAAAAAGAGUCUCAUUUGCGAACAGUGAGAAGUUUUUUUGCGAAAAGAAGUAGUUCUUAAUUAAUAUCCAUUUUUAGGUGGUCUUGAUUUGAAAUCUCAAGAAGCUGCCCUGAGAUUGGGUCUGGACAUUGUUGUUGCAACUCCUGGGCGUUUGAUUGAUCAUCUUCACAAUUCUCCUUCAUUUUCCCUGAUAGAUGUCGAAGUUCUUGUUCUCGAUGAAGCUGAUCGAAUGUUGGACGAGCAGUUUGCAGAACAGAUGAAGGAAAUCAUCAGACUUUGUUCUAAAACCAGGCAGACUAUGCUUUUCUCCGCCACGAUGACAGACGAAGUAUGUUGCUCUGAUUGAUUAUUAUUUUUUUAGAUUGAGGAUUUGGUGAGGAUGUCGUUGGAGAAACCGGUCAGGCUUUUUGUUAAUGAGAGCACAGAUACGGCUGCCAAUUUACGGCAGGAGUUUGUCCGGGUCAGAGAAGGGCGAGAAAGCGACAGGGAAGCCAUCGUUGCUGGUUAGUUCGAAAGGUUGCGGUUACAUUUUUACUUUGUUUAGCUCUUGUCACGCGAACCUUCCUCGAUCAUACAAUUAUUUUUGUGAGGACAAAGAAGGAUUGCGAGAGAUUAAAUAUUUUGCUCGGACUUCUCGGCGUCAAAAUUGGGCAAUUGCACGGCGGUUUAACUCAAGCACAGCGUAUUCAUGCUUUGACGGCAUUCAAGGCUGAGCAGUUGGAUGUUCUUGUCUGUACUGACCUGGCAUCUCGGGGAUUGGACAUUGAAGGAGUGCUAACUGUAAGCUAGCUGCCAGAAACUGUGUCUAUUAAUAGGUUAUCAACAUGCAUAUGCCAAUAUCGAUCAAACCAUAUGUUCACAGAGUUGGUCGUACGGCUCGUGCCGGUAAAAGUGGAAGAUCUAUUUCUUUGGUGGGCGAAGAUGAUCGAAAGUUGAUGAAGAUGAUUUAUAAACAGAAUAAGGGAAACUCGCUAAAGAUUAGAAAUAUUACCGCAGGUGGGUCUGCUUGGAUUAGUAUAAAAGUGCUUUAGAUGUUGUGGGCGCAUACUCCGAGAGAAUCAAAACUUUGGAGGAUUCUGUUAGAAAGGUUCAGGAAGAGGAGAAGGGAGAAAAGGCUCAUCGACAGGCUUUGGAAGUCUUGAAUAAGGUUGAGGGAAAGUUGAACAACAAGCCUGACGAGAGGGAAGGUAGAGUCUGGUUCCAAACCAAUAAAGAGAAGGCAACCGAUAAGAGUAAGUUUAUUUUCAGUCAUUGGUUACCUUGUUUCUUCAGGGAAAUUGAAGAGGGCUCAUCAAUUAAUAAAACAGAAGGAGAAGGAGAAAGAUCAGAAAACGGUAAGUCGUAAUAAUUCAUAGCGUCAUAGUCUGUGUUAAGCCAGAGGAAAGAUUGGCCCAAAACACAGCUGCCUAUCAGGUUCGCCGAGUUAAGAAAGAGAAAAGACAAAAGAGACUCAGAGCGGUAGAAGAUGAUGUUCCGAAGAAAGGAGGAGGCCGAGUAACCAAAAAGAGAAAGUCAUCAUUUGUGGGAGCGUUGACUAAUGUUGACAGAAAAUCAGUAAAGAAUGUCAGAUAUGGGUGAGUAGUUUGUGAUUAUUUAUGCUUUAUUUGUGAGUUUUCUAAAGCGAAUCUUUUUAGACCAGGAGACAAAGAAUUUUUCAAGGCCAAGAAAGGCCUCAAGGAGAAGGGAGCUUUGAGGGGCCCGAGAAAAUAA